AUGGAUUUCCCGAUCCUGGCCCCACACCUGCUAACACACUGGUUGCUUCAGCGGGGAAAGAUUAGCAUCGACCGAGCUGCUUCAGAAUCUUUCUGGAUGCACUUCCAGAAGCAGAAGGCUCCUUGGAUGGAGGGGUUCGACUCAACGGACUUCGUACCGCUGGCCAUAUAUGGUGAUGAAGCGGAGUACACUAUCACUAAGGAGAAAAUCUUGGUCCUGUACAUCAGCUUCCCGAUGUUCGAGGGUUCGAAGACGGUGUUUGGCAGCCGCUUCCCGGUGUUCUGUAUCCGCUCCGAAAGAUUGUUUGGAUACGAUACGAUCGGGCCAGUAUUUGACUUCUUAAGUUGGAGCGUGAACACAAUGUAUUCGGGAACUUUCCCUGCAAAGAACCUGGCUGGUGAUGAUUUGCGAGGCCUAGGCCCAAACAUGAUGCCAAACGACCCAAUGUACAACGGCUACAAGUUUCGACUCGUGGAACUCCGUGGCGACUGGAAACACCAUCUACAUACCUUCAAACUGGCGAGCCACUGGUCGUGCAACGACGUUUGUCACUGCUGCAAGGCGUCGAAAACGAACAUGCUUUAUCCGUACACAGACUUUGUACGUCAGCCACGGUGGCUGUGCACAAUGAGGACCCAUGCACAAUUUUUGGCAGAACAACUGAAUGAGCCGAUCAACUCACUAUGCUACACGGCCAGGUUCCACUAUCACUUGAUUCGUUUUUGCUCCGUCCACACGGUACAACUGGGGAUAGCUCAGUUUUGUCACGGCGGUUGCUUAUAUGAGCUUUUCCAGGUUCAGUGGUUUCGCGGCGAUGACAAGGCAUCGAAGCUGAGACAUGCCUUCAUUUGCUUUAAAGACUUUAUCCGGAAACACAAAAUUCAGUGUUCCCAACCCCCGUUCAAAAGCUACAUGUACGUCACUUCGGGGGAAGAGUACUGUUUCUUUGGUAGCAAAGCAUCUUGGCACGAUUUCAAACAAUUGCAUUCUUCGGAUCAGUUUCCAAUAUAA